GGAGGCAAUAAUGCAGGACAUACAGUUGUUGUGGAUUCUGUGGAGUAUGACUUUCAUCUUCUGCCAAGUGGGAUCAUCAAUCCAAAAGUCACUGCAUUCAUUGGAAAUGGUGUCGUAAUUCAUUUGCCAGGACUGUUUGAAGAAGCUGAAAAAAACUUAAAGAAAGGAAAAGGGCUAGAAGGCUGGGAAAAGAGACUAAUAAUUUCUGACAGAGCUCACAUUGUAUUUGAUUUCCACCAAGCUGCUGAUGGCAUCCAAGAACAACAGAGGCAAGAACAAGCAGGAAAAAAUUUGGGAACUACCAAAAAAGGAAUUGGUCCAGUAUAUUCUUCAAAAGCAGCUCGAAGUGGACUCAGAAUGUGUGAUCUUGUUGCUGAUUUUGAUGAAUUUUCAGAGAGGUUCAAAGUGUUAGCCAAUCAGUAUAAAGCGAUUUAUCCUACCUUAGAGAUAGAUAUUGAAGGGGAAUUGAAAAAGCUCAAGGGCUGCAUCGAAAAAAUAAAACCAAUGGUGAAGGAUGGUGUUUAUUUCAUGUAUGAGGCUUUACAUGGACCACCAAAGAAGAUCUUAGUAGAAGGUGCAAAUGCAGCACUGCUGGACAUAGAUUUUG